AAAUGUGCGCGCGCGGUCGUUGCCAUGGCGCUGAAUGGAGACCACAGAACAGAGGAGCAUUAGUGCGGAUAAAGUUAGCUGAAAUGACCCAUUCUCACCUGAAAACCUCAUGUUCGAGUAGUUCAGGUGGAUUUAGUUAAUAUAUUUGUAGAGUCUGAUACAGUUUGUGAGGCGGUUUACUUUGAGUUUUGUUCUGUUGUCGUCGUGUUUCCGACAGAGGUGGUAUGAAGGCUCACAGCAGUGAGGUCGGGGUGUUUGUCCGAAUCAGACCAACGGCAAACUUCGCCAAAGACUUCAUUGAAUGUCUUCCUGACGGACAGACAGUGAACAUCUGUCACAGGAAAGACUCCAGGAAGCCCCAGGACUCCAGGAAAGGUCAGCUGAGCUCCUGGUCAUUCCGGCUGGAAGGCGUCCUGCAGGAUGUAUCCCAGGAGGAGUGUUACACCCGAGUGUGCAAACGGGUGGUACUGGGAGCACUGGAUGGUUACAACGGUACUGUGAUGUGUUUUGGGCAGACAGGUGCAGGAAAGACCUACACCAUGACAGGAUCCACAGAAUCAUACAAUCAGAGAGGCAUCAUUCCUCGGGCCCUUCAGGAGGUGUUUGAGGAGGUGGAGAAAAGGACAGACCAUGCCUUCUCUGUGCACCUGUCCUACCUGGAGAUCUACAAUGAGACCCUGGUGGAUCUGCUGUCAUCGCUGCAAGGCUCACCACACCCGGCUCCUCGCGGUAUGGUGGUGAUGGAGGAGCCGGGCAGAGGGGUGUUCAUCAGAGGUCUGUCUCUUCACCCUGUCUACAGUGAGGAGCAGGCUCUGAACUUGCUGUUUGAGGGUGAAAUGAAUCGGAUUAUUGGAUCUCAUGCCUUGAACAGGAACUCCUCCAGGUCCCACUGUAUCUUCACUGUGCAUUUAGAGUCUCGCUCACGGACUCUGUCUGAGACCAAGUACGUCACCUCCAAGCUGAAUCUGGUGGAUUUGGCUGGGUCAGAGAGGCUGGGAAAGACUGGGUCAGAGGGUCAGAUGUUAAAGGAAGCCGUGUACAUCAACAAGUCCUUGUCGUUCCUGGAACAGGCCAUCCUGGCCCUGGCAGACCGUCGCAGAGACCACGUGCCCUUCAGACAGAGUAAACUCACACAUGCCCUCAAAGACUCACUGGGAGGGAACUGCAACACUGUGCUUGUGGCCAACAUCUAUGGUGAGGCUGCACAGAUAGAAGAAACACUCUCUACUCUGCGUUUUGCCGGCAGAAUGAAGUGUGUCCGGACUGAACCUGCUGUUAAUGAACACAUGGAUCCAGCAGCUCAGAUCAAGAAACUUCAGAAGGAUGUACAGAUGCUGAAAGAGGAACUGUCCUUCUGUAAUACAUUGGUGAACCGGCCGAGAAUCACGUACGAGCCAUUGUCUGAAGCCCAGCUGGCUGAGAUCCACAGCCAGAUUCGGAGGUACCUAGAGGGAAGCCUGGAGGAAAUCAGUAUCGUAAGUAUCAGGCAGGUCCAAGCAGUGUUCGCCCAGUUUAAGCUUGCUGUACAGGAACAGGAGCAGAAGGUGAAGGCUCAGCUAUGCCAGACCUACAACUUGGUGGAGAAAGACCAAAGUGCUAAUGCAACUGCUCUCAAGGAGUGGUAUACCAGAGGCAGCAGUGAGUAUGUGGAGGCCGGCAGCUUUGGGGUGUCUCCUCACUCACCAAAAAACGGCCAUCGCCCAAGUUCGACCAAAGCCAAAACUAAGAAGUCUAGGGACAAACCGAGCCAAAACAAGAGACAGGGAGAGGGGAAUCCAGUUUCAAAGAAGCAUUUGGAGAGUGCCUCCAAAUCAAAGGUGAAUUCUGUCCAGACACCUGAGAGGGAACAGGAGUCACAAGAACCAGACGCAGAGAGUCAGGACACACAGGAGUCACAACUGCCUGGCAAUGAACCCUUCCAAUAUGAGUAUGUCGCUACUCCACCCAAAGAAGAGGCCUUUGAGGAUUUUAAGGUCGGACAAGGCAGCAAGAUCAACCACAUCUUUAAGGAGAACAAAUUGAUGCUGCUGGAACGGCGCAGUCUUCUUCGACAGCUCACUGAGGAGGUCAACGCUGUCAAGAGAGAGAUUGACUGCACCACGGCCAACAUACAGCAGCACAAGGAGAUGAGAGAAGGCCAAGGUCAGUAUUUGGUUGUGGAGGGGGAGCCUGAUGCCACUUUAUUAAUGCAGCUCAGAGAGCUGAAGGCCCUGUACCGGCAGAAAUAUGAGGUGCUGCGUGACGUCAAGGCAGAGGUCAACUACUGUCAGCCUGUGGAUCAGUGCAGGGUGUGCCUGCUCUCUGAAUUUGAGAACUGGUACAAGAAGUCUUUCCUGGUACCUGAGGAGGAGCUGGACAUAACUAUGGAUAAGACCCUCGAACAAGAGGUGGAUGCGGAGGAGCAGCUUCUUCCUGGCAGCCCCAGCUCUGAGUCUUUCUACAACGCCCACUACAGAACGCUGAAAAGAAGGAAUAACAGGGCGAUGUCCUUCACUCCGGUGCACAGGAACUCGUCUGCAAGGUCUGGACAGAGAAGACUUAAUCCAAUUCUACCUGUUACCUAAGUGAGUUUUAUGUACAAACUAAAGUUAGUGAACUACACAGUCCA